UUCUUCUUCUUCUAAUUUCACAUGAUCCUACAGGCAAAUUACUGGUUCUGCUUCUUGAUGGACGAUGUUUCAUUGGCAUUAUGCGUUCCUUUGAUCAAUUUGGGACUAUUGUUCUUGAAAGUGCUUUUGAAAGAAUUAUUGUUGAGAAUGAGUAUUGUGAUAAUCCCAUUGGUCUUUUGGUAGUUCGAGCCGAGAAUAUUAUUCUAAUUGGAGAGCCGGACCCCAGCUUGCCUCAACUUCCUCCACAUAUGACUGUUGUCUCUCUCCCUCAGAUUCUAACUGCUAGGAAAGCAGAAAGGGAGUCAGUAGAGCUUCAAAGAACCUUGAAGAAAUGGAUGGAGGAACUCCUUGAAGAUAUAUUUGAUUGAUUGGAAAGAAUCUGUUACUUCUCCGAUAUGUCAAAUCUUAGGACUUGCAUCGUUUCACUUAAGAAAUCGGGCAUGUAUCUUUAACCAAAAUGUCAAAUAUUCCAAUUCCUGUAGCUCGAAUGUCUUCAUCUAAAUUUAAUCAGGAACACGAGUUUUGGUGAUGCCUUGUUAUAGACCAAAAAAGUUGUAAUAGAAGUUCUAAAAGAAAUUGUAAAAUUUUCACUAGAGCUUGCCUUUGCCAUUAAAAACGUUUAAAUAAUUGCAGAUUGCAGCAAUUUUAAGGAUAAUAAUUAAGUAUAACAACAUUUUAAAAAAAUAUAUAAAUACAGCAAAAUCUAUCCUUUGUUGAUAGAUUUUAUUAUAUUUGUGGAUAGACUAUCUAAAUUUUACUAUAUUUGUAAAAGAAGAAAAUUCACAUUUUGUUAUAUCAACUAAUAGUUUUGAUUUGAUUGUUAUAUUUACAACUUUUACCCUGUGUACAACUAAAGAAAAUUGGGAAGCUUUAUCUCCUUUUGGAAAAAAGGAUGAUUACUCAUUAUUCCACAACUAGUGAGCCUUUUUUUUUUCCAACUCAACACCAUUACCAUCCAAAUUCAUAGCAAAAGUGGCCAUAACCUGUGGCUUCAGAGGAGCCUUUUGGAACUCAUAAAAGCAAGACUACGUGGUCACUGAGUCAAGUCACCAAAGUAGAAAUGAUAGAUCAUAACCUAUCAAAUCCGAGAAUCAAUUGUUCGUUUACGUGAGAUAGGCCUAUCUAUAAUCCAUCCAUCAAUUGCAACCAAACAAAUCACUUUUCCUCUUUUUUAGAUAUUAUUUUUAUUACUUAAUUAAAACAGUAGUUGAAAGAGAAGGAGAGCAAAAGAAUAAGAUUCGGAUCGGAAAAAUUAUUCAACAUGGCUACCACAAUGAGAUUGUCUUGUAAGAAUAGUUGGAUGGCUUGGUUCAACUAGCACCAAAAUGAGUUGAAAACUAAGUGAUUCGUAGUUCUAAUCUCUCCCGUCUAUUUGUACUAAAAAUAUAAUAGUUGGAUGUGUAUUUAAGAAGAUGCAUGCCCUCCUAAUAAGUAAUAACCACUAGAAGCAAAUCCCUCUUAUGCUUCUAACAAAACUGAAUAGUAACAUUGUAGUGACUUCCUAUAAUAAUUUCUCAAAUAGAGAAGUAUGCUAUCUGAUGACCUUGCUCUAGAAAUGAUAGGGCACGUCAAUGAACAGCUAUUGUGUAAAAAUGAAGGAAAAAAGGCAGACAGUCUCAAUUGGCAAUGAAGCCAAAUCCUAAGGCUCAAGAUUAGUAAAAGUCUCAUGUAUUACAGUUUAUUAACAAAUUUUUCUUUUUCCUUUUAAGCAAACAACAUUAAAAGUGGGAAUUGGAGGAAUCUAUUAGAACAGCCUGAGAAUGUGCAAUCUGAAUAAGGAUGCCUACAUUUGAAGGUGCACGAUGAUGGGAACAGAUUUAAGAUUUCUGUGCAGGUGAAGAAGGAGCACAAACGCAACUAAAAAGCAAAAACAAAGACCAUGAGUACUGUACUCAAUGCACAGAACAUUUCUACAGUUCACGUUCAUAUAACAAUGCCCCUACUGAUAUGACACCAGUCAUGACUCGGUAAGAAGAAAUAAUAGUUAUUCAUCUACAUCUCCACUAAUAUGAUAAAUUCUAUUAGAACAGAGAAAAUAAAUUAUGGACAACAUGUGUUCAUUAUGGAGAUGUAAAGGUACCUAAUAUACAAUUUAAACUUUAAAGUAUCAUCAUCAGAGUACAGAGAUAUAAGUAGGGAAAAAAAACCUAUUAGACUGCCAUCUUGAACAUGGCUCAACUUGUCAAGUCAUUACUUGACUUAAAGGUGGUAGGUUCAAAUACUCAUCUCUUGAAAGUUACUUAAGAAAAUAGUCCAAAAGAACAAUCAGAGUCGGGCUGAUCAAUGAAUAAUGAGAAUCCAGGCAGGUAAGUGACUGAGAGAGAGACUUCCACCCUCAAUUUCAAAGGGAAAAAAUUUCUCUGUAUUUAACGUUGUCAUUUCUUCUAUUUUAACAUAUUGUUCACUAUUUGUAUAUUAUGUUUAGCUCUGUUCGAUAAACUAGGUGUCUAAAUCAGAACUUUUUUCAUAUAUAAGACUAAUCAGAAUGAGAACUAAGAACUAAAAGAACUAAUAGAGUUUAACCAGAGCACUUAAGUCCCUGCAAUACUCUUUCUACCCAGCAAAUAGCAUUCCUUAGGAAUAAUUAAUGAAACAGAAACAACAGUUUAAUAAUUUACCA